UACUACGGCAACACUUCCACACCAAAUUUGGACUAUUUCAAUGAAAAAGGUGUUCAGGCCGGGCGUUGCGGAUGGUGGCUCAGGCCCAUCAUUUGAUCAAUACAUUCACAACAGAGCAUGGGAGGAAACUCAUGGUAUUGUCGCCAAUGAGAUGUGGGAUCCCAAUUUGGGGGAGAGAUUCUUCAUGAACACCACAAAGAGCGAUUUCUUCCAAGAAGCGGAGCCCAUAUGGGGUACUACGAGCAGACUCGGUAUCAAGUCAGUUUGUAUCAAUUGGGUGGGCUGCGAUAAAGUCGUUCAAGGAAUGCAGCCGACGUAUCAUUUCCCAUACAACCAGAGCCUGGGAUUUCACGAACGAACCAACAAGCUGGUGAAUAUCAUGGUAGAGGAUGAGGAUGUCAGGCUGGCCCUGCUGUACUUCGAUGAACCAGAUCACUCGGGGCAUCGGUAUGGGCCAGGAACUGAGGAAACACUAGCCGCAGUGCGACGGGUAGACAGCGCCAUUGGAGUACUGCGGGAUAGACUACACGAGAUUCAAGGGGAGGUCAAUGUCAUCCUCACCAGUGAUCACGGCAUGACGUGGGCCACCAAUCCUGGAAUCAACCUGGCAGACGGUGUUGAUCCGGAGAUAGUGAAUAUUACGACCACGGGGCCUGUGACCCACAUCUGGCCACACGAUGCACACCAAGCUGAGUCAAUCCGAGCGUCUUUGGAGAAGUCUGCUGCUGGUCAUAUGGUAUGCUACCUCCGAGAGAACCUCCCUUGUCGCUGGCAUUACCAAACAAAUGAUAGGAUACCUCCAGUGGUCUGCGUCUGUGAUGAGGGUUGGACCACAUACUUGGGCGAUCAUUUUGACGGCUUGGGUGACCAUGGGUAUGACAACAG